AAAAGUCUCCGUCUAUCCCCCAUGCCAUUAUGAUCUUGUCCCGGGUUGCAGGUAUCGAAGUUGCAUAUCAGAACUAGGAGAGGAGAGAGAGGUAGCAGGCGCAGAUAGAAUGGCGGCCGGAGCUGCUUCCGGCGGUCGCUCUCUGGAGAACACUCCGACUUGGGCCCUCGCGACGGUCUGCUUCGUCUUCAUCUUCACUGGCAUCAUCAUCGAGCACUCGAUCCACCUCCUCACCAAAUGGCUCAAAAGGCAUCGGAAACGAGCUCUUAGUGAUGCCAUUGAACGGCUUAAAUCUGAGCUGAUGCUUCUGGGAUUUAUAUCACUUCUAUUGGCUGUCACACAAACUCCCAUUUCCAAGAUUUGCAUAUCAUCGGACCUCGCGGACACAAUGCUCCCUUGCCGGAAGGAGGUCGAGACUGAGACAACAAAGGUCCUACAAGCCUACAUGGUCGCUCCAAACCUGCCGAGUUUCGACCGCUUCCCCAGCGAGCUUCUACCGCAUGCACGGAGGCACCUUGAGGAAGAAGAAGAAGAGGGUGAAGGAGGCGGAACCGAUGAAACCGCAUCCAACAACAAUAACACCACUUCAACAACCGCAUCCAACAACAAUGACAGUACUACAACGGAGUCCGACCCUUGUGCCUCCAAAGGGAAAGUGUCGUUGGUGACUCAGAAAGGGAUACAACAGCUGCACAUAUUCAUAUUUGUGUUAGCAGUUAUGCAGAUUGUUUAUAGUGUUCUCACCAUGGCUUUGGGCAGGGCCAAGAUGCGGCGUUGGAAGCGAUGGGAGAAGGAAACUCAAACCACAGAGUAUCAAGUUGCUAAUGAUCCUAACAGGUUCAGAUUUACUAGGCAAACCACAUUCGGCCGGAGACACAUGAACGCCUGCACGGAAACACCACUUCUUCUCUGGAUUAAAUGCUUCUUUAGGCAAUUCUUUCGCUCCGUAGCCAAAGUCGACUACCUCACCUUGAGGCACGGUUUCAUCUCGGCUCACUUGUCGACGCGGAACAACAGUAACUUUGAUUUCCAGAAGUACAUUAAAAGAUCCUUGGAUGAGGAUUUCAAGGAGAUUGUCAGCAUAAGCCCCCUAAUGUGGUUUCUAGUUGUCAUCUUCAUGCUUGUCGACGUCCAUGGUUGGAAUGUGUAUCUCUGGGUAUCCUACGUUCCACUUUUGCUAGUGCUGGUACUUGGGACGAAGCUGGAGGGGAUAGUUGCGAGGAUGGCACUUCAGAUUAAGAGCCAGAACUCUGUGGUCAUUGGGACUCCUCUGGUUCAGCCCAAUGACAAACUCUUCUGGUUCAAUCACCCUAGAUUUGUUCUCACAAUUCUACACUACACUCUCUUUGUCAACGCGUUCGAGCUGGCAUUCUUCAUCUGGGUAACUAUUCAGUUCGGAGUGGAGUCGUGCUACCAUGAGCACACUGUUAUCAUUGUCACGAGGGUGGUGCUAGCGGUAACAGUUCAAGUCAUGUGCAGCUACAUUACUCUGCCUCUCUAUGCACUUGUAACCCAGAUGGGGUCACAAUUCAAGAGCAAAGUCCUGGAAGAGCAAAUGGCAAACAUAAUAAAGCAAUGGCAUGCAGAUGUAAGGGAGAGGAGGAAAAUGCAAGAACUUCAGUCUUCCUUCCACUCUCCCCGGACUUCCUCGUCCACUCGGCCGAGCUUGAGCAUCAAUCACGUAUCGAACAAGAAAGGAGAGAUAACUGAGGAUGAAGAUGAUGAUGGCAGUGAAUACCGUGCUAAAGAACGAGGUGGAGACUAUGUAGAAGAGGGAGCUGGAGGCUCUUCUAGGGGCGUCUCAUGGUCUCAGCCUGUUUCCAUAGAAAUGUCACCGAUUAGAUGAUAAAAUAUAAUUUUAGGAGGAGGUGCAUAAAUUCAUAGCUCGUAUAUAUGAAGCCAAGAUUACUAUCGAAAUAAUAUGUGGUUAAGUUGAAAAAAUCUGCAGGGAGUUUGUAAAACAUGAGAUUUUGUUUUGGUUUCUUGAUAGAGAAACCAGGAAUUAUGACAUUUCAAAAGUGCAUUUUGCAAGCGAAAGAGAGGCGUCGAAAGAAAGAAAAAUCUCUACAGCGAAAUAGAUCGGACUGUGCGUCAUAUUUGUCCACUCGGCCGAGCGUGAGCAUAAAUCGCUUAUUGAACAAGAAAAGAGAGACGAUCGAAGAAGAAGACGACGAUGACAGCGAUAAUCUCGCUAAAGAUCAUAGUAGGGAUUAUGAAGAAGAGGGAGCUC